AAAACUCUAGCAAAGUAAUUCUUUGUAGAACUUACAUAUAAAUAUCAUUAAGGUGCAAGAACAUUAAUCAUCAUUAUCAAACCUAAAUUAUUCUUGAUUUUCAAUACAUUCAUUUCAAUUUCAAAUAUGGAUCCCCAGAAGAUGAACUAUGAGGCUGGACAAGCCCAGGGCCAAGCUCAGGAAAAGGGUGCCAACUUGCUAGACAAGGCUGGCAAUGCUGCUCAAUCUGCAAAAGAAACCAUGCAAGAGGCUGGUAACCAGAUGUUGGCAUCAGCACAAGGAGCUGCUGAUGCUGUGAAGAAUGCAACUGGCAUGAACCAAAACCAAAAGUGAUCCAAUUAAGAUGAAAGGGAUCCUAAUAAUCAAUUUUACUAAUUUUUUGUUUUAAUAAUUUUUUGUUUUGUUUUCUAGGGCAUUAUGUAUAAAAAGGUGCUCUUAGUUUGUGUUUAUAAUUUUGUUUGUUGCUCCCUAUUAAGGAGUAUUGUGAAUAACUCUUUUGUUUCAACAAGAGAACUAUGAUGUACUAGUUCUUGCAUAAUUCAUUAAUCAAAGAAAAAUUUAUAUUAGAA